UAGAUAUGAAUGUUUCUUUUCUUGCUUUUACAGUGUUAUGUUCAUCCUUCAAGAUGGCAUUCAUGAAUGCAGUAUUAAGAAAUGUUAGGUCUUCUACAUUCCCUUUAUCGAUAAGAAGGUGUAUAAAUAAACAGUUAACAUUUGAAGUAUGUUACCAGCUCUCACAAUGUAGAAUGCUGAUGCUGACCCAUGGUUGGAGGAGUCAAAACAAACCUACAGCCACUGAAACAUUAAACCUAGACUCCUGGAAAGAUAUUCUUCGAAGCGGAACGCAGAGCACUAUUGAUCAGGAAGAAUCAGACACACAAGAGGAAUCUUCUAUAGAAAGUAUGCAAAAGCUGGUUGACAUGUGGAGACUAGCAGGGAAAUCUGUUCCAGACUCUGUUAGCACAGAGGAGCUGCAGGAACUUCUAAAACUACCUACCAAGUCCUCAAGAAAGAAAUACUUGAAGGAACUUAUGUUUAAAGAAUUCCGAAAGAAAAGCAGGGAAAGAAAGAAACUAGAAAAGCAAACAUUAAGGAGUGAAAUGGAAGGAAGCACUGAAAAAAUAAGCACAUAUCUCUUAAAACUUUUCAGUUCAAGUGAGGAUAGUUUUUAUGGGUGGCGAACUGUUCAGUCAAUGAUACAUGGGCAACCAUUAGUAUUUGAUAUGGUGUAUGAUCGAUAUAUGUCACAAAAAGAAAUCGAGAACACAGUAAGUCAGCUUAUGAUGAGUGUAGGGUCCAACAAAAUCUCUGGUGAUCCAUUUCACAUCCAUUUCUGCAAUUUACAACCCGGGGGCCCAUAUCAUAAAGAACUGGUGAAGCGCUACCAAGAGGCAUGGGACAAACUCUUAAUAACUGCCACAGAAAAAUCUCACAUUGACAUCUUUCCUCGAGAUCGACUCGUGUACUUGACAGCUGAUUCUCCAAAUGUGAUAAAAGAAUUUGAUCAUGAGAAGAUUUACAUUGUUGGUGCGUUUGUUGAUAAAUGUCAAAAGACAGGAGUGUCUCUAGGAAUUGCAAAGCGGCUGAAUUUAGCUACUGCGAGACUGCCAUUAGACAAUUACCUGAAAUGGGACAUUGGUGCAAAAAAUCUUACCCUAAAUCAAAUGAUUGAAAUACUGAUGGCCACAAAGGACACAGGAGACUGGAAAAAUGCGCUGUCAUUUGUUCCGACAAGAAAACAUUCUGGAUUUUUGGAAAAACCCUUGUCGCAAAAAUCUAAGUCAUUUGAGGGAAGGCGAGCAGGAGGUCCUCAGAGGAACACCAGCAGCAAUUCUGCCAACCAAAUGCAGUCAAAAUGGUGGGAGGAAAUAAGCUAA